AUGAUUGUGGCGGCACUCGAAUGUCAGAGGCUGUUUUCAUGUGUUUUCUCCCAAGGUCUGAUGAGGUUCAAAGAUGAAAUCAUGGAAAAAAUAAGAAACCAUCACGCAUCCAAGGACAUCGAUAGAGUGUUAAACUCUAAAUCAAACCCAAGAUAUAGAAAAAUCUGCUCCUUUAAUGUUACCAGACCAGAGGAUUAUCUUCAGUUCAGGGCUCUGAAUUUAAACAAAUUAAGAGCCGUUAGUCGUCUCAGAGUAGCAAAACCCCUUCCUAAUGGAGAAUAUUCCAGCAUCUCCAGACUUUCUUCAAGGCCUGGAUACUCUUCUUCUGGAAUGCCUUCCGUCCUGGAAGACACCUCUCUCCCCACCAUCCUCUCCAGCCAGGUGGGGGAGAAAGUGUGUCGUCUGUGA